AUGGCUAUGGCUAUAUACAGUAUUUUUAUGGUAUUCCUUUUGUUCUGUCAAUUAGGGCUAAAAAUCGCAUCAUCUGAUGAACAGACAACACCAAAACACACUCUACAAGAAGCCUACAAUGUUCUUGGAAUCAAACCAAACCCUGAUGGCUCCUUAACAAGAGAAAUUAGAAUCCCAAUGAUCUCGGCUCAGUUUCCGGCAGUGGUGGCGUCAGUCGAGUACCGGCUUGCCCCCGAGCACCGUCUCCCGGCGGCCUACGAUGAUGCCAUGGAUGCUAUCACGUGGGCUAGAAAACAGGCAGUGUUUGUUAAAGGUGCUGAUGCAUGGAUAAAGUCGGUUGAUUUUUCUCGUGUUUUCUUAUUGGGCAGUAGUGCAGGAGGAAAUAUAGCCUACCAUGCAGCCCUACGUGCACUUGAUCUUAACCUUUCACCAAUCAAGAUCAAAGGGCUGAUAAUGAAUCAGGCUUAUUUUGGUGGGGUCCACAGGACAGAAUCAGAGAUCAAGCUCAGCGAAGAUGCUUAUGUUCCUUUGUACGUAAAUGAUCUUUUAUGGACGUUUGCAUUGCCAAAGAAUGCUAAUAGAGAUCAUGUAUUCUCUAAUCCAUUGAUGAUUGGUGGAUCAUCCUAUGACCUUGGGAGGAUCAAACGGCUGCCAAGAAUUAUGAUGAAAGGUGAUGAUGGGGACCCACUUGUUGAUAGGGAGAAAUUGUUGGUGAAACUUUUGAAGUCAAAUGGAGUUCAAGUUGUUUCUAUAUUUAAUGAAGGUGGGUAUCAUGGUAUAGAGCUUGCAAAUGCAACUGCACCUCAAGCUCAAGCUUUGUAUGAUGCUAUGAAAAAUUUCAUCAAAUCUACUAGAUGA